AAUCGGAAAUGGUCAGUAGACUAUAAAUAUACGUGUCCGAGACUAGAGAGACAACUUGGGUGCCCUCAUUUGUUCUCUUUUGCGCGCAGACGAGAUGGUGCAGAGGCCGCGCAAAAGGGCGCGGACGACGUCGCCGUGCUCGCCGCCGGCGUCGUCGUGGCGGGACCUCCCGCUGGACAUCGCCGGCGAGGUCCUCCGCCGCCUCCCGUCCUACGCCGACCGCAUCUGCUUCGGCGCCACGUGCCGCUCGUGGCGCACGUCCGCGCGGGAACACCGCGCGCCGCCGCCGCUGUCGCCGUGCCUCUGCUUCGCCGACGGCAGCUUCCGCGGCUUCUUCCCGGAGGACGCGCGGCCGUUCCGGCUGCCCGCCGCCGCCGGCUGGCUCGGCUCCUGCGGCGAGUGGCUCCUGUACCGGCGCCACGACGACGGCGCGUACCUGCUCGUCGACCCCUUCUCCAAGGCCGCCGCCAUGGCGCCGCUCCCCAGCGUGUCCCGUCUCCAUGUCCGCCACGACCCCAUCGUCGCCGUCGACGAGCGAGACCUGCGGUGGUGCAGGCCGACGUGGCUCCCGCGCGAGAACACCGGCGAGCCGCAGGCCGCGGCGUCCUUGCUCAAGCUCGCCGUGUCCCCGGCCGCCGACGUGGUGGCGGCGGUGGUCGGCGAAGGGAGGCACGGCAAGCUCGCGGUGUGCCGGCCGGGGGCGCCGGCGUGGUCCGUCAGCGGCGGCGACGGCUGGAGGCGGAUCAAAGACACGGCGUUCUACCAGGGCAAGCUCUACGCCGUCGACCACAACGAGGACCUCCUCGCCGUGACGCUCGCCGCCGACGGCGAGCCACCGGCCGUGUCCCGCAUCGACCGCGUGAUCAACGGCAAGCCACCGGGGGCGGCCGCCCUCCUCCGCGUGACGCUGCACUACCUCGUGGACUCCGGCGGCGAGCUGCUGCUCGUUCGCCGGGAGGUCCAGCGCUCGUCGAUGGUGAGGACGCAGCCGUGGCAGCACACGGCGGAGCUGCAGGAUCGCUUCGCCGUGUUCAGGGCCGACUUCCGGAGGUCGCGGUGGAGGCGGGUGAAAACCAUCGGCGACGAGUCCGGCGGCCGCGCGCUGUUCGUCGGGCGGUGGUGCUCCAGGGCGGUGCGCGUCGCCGGCGACCGGUGGGCCGAUCAGGUCUUCUUCCUCGAGGACGGCACCGGCGACGAGUGGCACACACGGGCGCAGCGCUGCUCGCUGAGGGGGAGCACCUUCGGGUGCGUGAGGCCGAAUGAGCUCCUGCCGUUGAUGACGACGGCGGACGGCCAGGAUUUGGAUGCGACUUGGAUAUUCCCUCGGGAGGCAAAAUUGUGAGUGGCAUAAUAACCAAAUGCUGCAUAAUUGAGUUCUGAUAUAUGGAGUAUUAUUUAUGAAAUGUGUAGAGUUUUUGCCUCAAAGUUUAACAUGGUUCACCAAAAUCUGAUGAGGUCGAAGGCCUCAAAAUUUGAAUAUCCUAAUUUUUAUGAAUGAUAUGAGCAGAAAAAACAGCUACGAACUACGGGUUGACCUUGAGCGCCACCCAUUGUUUGCAAUUGUGUACAUAGAUGAAAUCUUUUGGAGAG